UCUGUUCUUUUAGUAUAGUUUUAUGUAGUAUUUUAAUAUAAUAUAUAUCAUAAGAUAAUAAAUCAGCUUUCUGAGAAAAUGGUGUCAAGCCUCAUGUCUCCACACAUGGGGAGUCCUCAACAGACUGGGACAACUGAGACAUUAUUAAAAAGCAGCUUGUGGAGUGUACAAUCAGCCCUUUAAAAUCCUAUGGCUGGUGUCAUCUGUGUAGCCACAGCAGCCAGUAUGAGUUUUGGGCAGACUUAGCUGCCUGCCACAGCAGUGAUACCUGCACGUGCUGGCAGUGUGUCCAUCCACUGUCCUGUGCACUUGCCCAUGGGACAAUCCCCAGCAUGGAAAUGGCAGGUGGGAGUCACAAAUGCACUGCACCAUAAAGCCAGGGCUGCAGCCAGCAAUCACAUACAAAGGAAGACUUAAAAUCAGAAACACUGUUCAACAUUUUCUUCCAUACUGUUUUGUUACAGAAAUGGAGGGAGUGAAAAAACAUGCUUCAGCAAGAACACAGACACAUAAUCACUUUGUGAGCUCUGGUAAACAGCUGAAUAUCUGGUUUCACUUCUUUACACACGUCCAGACUGCUUGUAGAGGUGGGGCUGGACUGUGAGGUGGUGACACUCUAGCAUUAGGACAAACUGGAGACUUCAGCAGGAGCGAGCUGUGGAAGCUUUGUGUCAUGGAAGCAGCACCUGGACUUCUGCCACUGAGAGGUCCCCUAAAAUUCAGUUGUGUCAUAGAAGCAGGAGGUUUUCACGAGGUACCAAUUACUGCAUGGUGGGGAAUGUCCCUCGAGUAAGAGCAAAGCGUUUAAGAAAGGGGAAGUGGUACUCAGGCUCUCUUGUCUCUCUGAGCGAGUGCACAGCUAAGAUGAUGAUGGUCACUUGCCUGCUCCUCUCCUGUGUCUGGACCACUGCUCCAGCCUCUGUGCAGGUGACGAACAGAAAGGUCCAGUCAGUCCAGGCAGGAGGAAAUGUUACUUUUUCAUGCCGGUCAGUCACGAAAGAAGAUGUGAUACAGGUGACAUGGCAGAAGGAGAUGGAUGGAGCUGAAGACAACAUAGCAACUUAUAGUAGGAUGAAUGGCCAAAAAAUAGCCAAGGCCUAUGUAAGCCACAUGAGUUUUGCCCACAGCGAGUUGCAAGCCUCAGCCAUCUCCCUUCAUGGAGUCACCCUCCAAGAUGAAGGAUGCUACAAAUGCAUCUUCAACACAUUUCCCUCAGGGGCUGUCACUGGCAGGACGUGUCUCAAGGUUUAUGCCAUCUCGGACCCCAGAGUGGAAACUAAGCUUAUAUCCACUCCAGGCAAAGCUGAGGACUCUGAGAAAAUGGUGGGGAUGAGCUGCUCAGCAACAGGGAAACCAGCUCCAAAAAUAACCUGGCACCUCCCCAGCAUCCUGCAGCAGAAGCCAAGGGAGUACCACAUAAAGUUCAGCAACCAGACCGUGACUGUCAUCAGUAAUUUUACCCACACCCACUCCAAAAUCCUUCAGGAGUACCCCAUCACCUGCAUGAUCCAACACCCUUCUCUAAAUGUGACUCUGGUCCUUCCCACAGACAGCCUGGAGCAGGGUCCAGACAGCAGCAUGGCACUGGCCAUUGCCAUUGCACUGGGGGUCCUAGUCCCCCUGACCUCCCUUAUCCUUCUCACCUGCCUCUUCUACCGCUGCCUCAGGCACCUACAUGACCCAGAGAGAAACCCAACCUGGCCCUGCUGGGUAGGUCUGCCUUUCCUCAGGAUGCUGCCACAUUCACCCCCACAGGUCUUGGGGUUCAAUGCCAUGACCUGGCUCUGCCCAACCACACCAGGGCUGCCUGAACACUGCCCAAGCCAGGCUGAAACUGGGCUGGAGCGGGACACAGGAAUGACCCCAGACAGCUGGGAAGGUGAAACCUGA